AUGAUGAAUUUGUCAGGUUUCCUGUUUGUACCCGCUUUAUGGGGUCUCGCAUUUGGUGGAUCUCCGAGCGUCCAAAUCGGCGGCCUGUUUCCGCGCGGUGCGGAUCAGGAGUACAGCGCGUUUCGGGUCGGGAUGGUGCAGUUCGGCACGGCCGAGUUCCGCCUCACCCCGCACAUCGAUAACCUGGAGGUGGCCAACAGCUUCGCCAUCACCAACUGCUUUUGUUCGCAGUUUUCCCGGGGCGUCUACGCCAUCUUUGGCUUCUACGAUAAGAAGUCCGUGAACACCAUCACAUCAUUCUGCGAGACGCUGCACGUGUCCUUCAUCACGCCGAGUUUCCCUGCCGAUGGCCUCAACCAGUUUGUGUUACAGAUGAGACCCGAUAUCCGAGGCCCUCUGAUCAGCCUGGUCGAGUACUACAAGUGGGAGAAGUUUGCGUACCUGUACGACAGUGAUAGAGGCUUGUCCACUCUACAGGCCGUCCUGGACACGGCAGCCGAGAAGAAAUGGCAGGUGACCGCUAUAAAUGUGGGCAACUUGAAGGACGAGAGAAAGGACGAGGCGUACCGCUCGCUCUUCCAGGACCUGGAGAAUAAAAAAGAGAGGAGAGUGAUCCUGGACUGCGAGCAGGACAAGGUCAAAGACAUCAUGGAGCAGGUCAUCACGAUUGGUCGUCACGUGAAAGGAUAUCAUUACAUCAUCGCUAAUUUUGGCUUUUUGGACGGAGACCUAUCGAAGAUUCAGUAUGGAGGCGCAAACGUGUCUGGCUUUCAGAUUGUGGAUUUCGACGACCCUCUCGUUGCUAAAUUUGAUCAGCGUUGGGAGGCUCUGGAGGAGAAAGAGUAUCCAGGGGCAGACACCAAGAUCCGAUACACCUCUGCUUUGACGUACGAUGCGGUUCAGGUGAUGACCGAAGCUUUCCGCUUCCUGCACAAACAAAGGAUUGACAUCAGUCGCCGUGGCAACAAUGGGGACUGCCUGGCCAAUCCGGCUGUACCAUGGGCGCAGGGAGUGGAGAUAGAACGUGCUCUUAAACAGGUGAGAGUGGAUGGGCUGACAGGAAACAUCCAGUUUGACCAAUACGGCAAGAGAGUGAACUUCUCAGUCAAUAUUAUGGAGCUGAAAAACAGCGGGCCAGUAAAGAUCGGCUACUGGAAAGAGAUGGAUAAAAUGGUGGUCACCAAAUCUGAUCUCUUCCCCAACGACACCUUUGGGAUAGAGAACAAAACGGUUAUUGUGACGACCAUCCUGGAGGCUCCGUAUGUGAUGUUAAAGAAGAAUGCAGAGCUGUUCACAGAUAAUGAACGCUACGAGGGAUACUGCGUGGACCUGGCAGCUGAAAUUGCAAAGCAUUGUGGGUUUAAAUAUCAGUUGAAGAUAGUGGGAGACGGGAAGUAUGGUGCUAGAGACGCAGAUACCAAGAUCUGGAAUGGCAUGGUUGGCGAAUUGGUGUAUGGGAAAGCGGACAUAGCUGUAGCACCUCUGACGAUCACGCUGGUCCGUGAAGAAGUGAUUGACUUCUCCAAGCCCUUCAUGAGCCUGGGCAUCUCCAUCAUGAUCAAGAAGCCACAGAAAUCCAAGCCAGGCGUCUUCUCCUUCCUGGACCCGCUGGCCUAUGAGAUCUGGAUGUGCAUCGUGUUUGCCUACAUCGGCGUUAGCGUUGUGCUCUUCCUCGUUAGCCGCUUUAGCCCAUACGAGUGGCACACUGAGGAGUUUGAGGAUGGCCAGCUGGGGCCCAGCGAGUCCAAUAAUGAAUUUGGGAUCUUUAAUAGUCUGUGGUUUUCUCUGGGCGCUUUUAUGCAGCAGGGAUGCGAUAUUUCACCAAGGUCACUAUCUGGGCGUAUAGUUGGUGGUGUGUGGUGGUUCUUCACCCUCAUCAUCAUCUCAUCUUACACUGCCAACCUGGCUGCUUUCCUCACUGUUGAGAGGAUGGUGUCCCCCAUCGAGAGCGCCGAGGAUCUUGCCAAGCAGACCGAAAUUGCCUAUGGAACACUAGAUGCUGGUUCAACCAAAGAGUUCUUCAAGAGAUCAAAGAUUGCCCUGUUUGAGAAGAUGUGGCAGUACAUGAAAAGCGCAGAGCCUUCUGUUUUUGUGAAGAACACGGUGGAAGGUGUCCUGCGUGUGCGCAAGUCCAAGGGCAAAUACGCCUACCUAUUGGAGUCCACCAUGAAUGAGUACAUUGAACAGCGCAAGCCGUGUGACACCAUGAAGGUCGGAGGCAAUCUCGACUCCAAGGGCUACGGCAUCGCCACGCCCAAAGGAUCUGCUUUAAGAAACGCGGUAAACCUCGCGGUGCUAAAACUGAACGAGCAGGGGCUUCUGGACAAAUUGAAAAACAAAUGGUGGUACGACAAAGGAGAGUGCGGCAGCGGAGGCGGGGAGUCAAAGGAGAAGACGAGUGCUCUGAGCUUGAGCAAUGUGGCAGGGGUCUUCUACAUCCUGGUGGGGGGCCUCGGCCUGGCCAUGCUGGUGGCACUGGUGGAAUUCUGCUACAAGUCGCGUGCCGAGGCCAAGCGCAUGAAGAUGACGUUCACCGAGGCCAUGCGCACUAAGGCCAGGCUGUCUAUAACAGGCAGUAUUGGGGAGAACGGGAGAGUGCUGACUCCGGAUUUCUCUAAAGCCGUGCACGCUGUGCCCUACAUGAGACCAGGCAUAGCAAUGCCUCUUAACGUGAGCGAGCUGUCCUGA